AUAUCCCAGCUUACAGCGCUCCUUCACCACUAUUACCCAAUUGAGAUCGACCCACACCGGACCAUCAAGGAGAAGCUACCUCAUAUGGUGGAAUGGUGGACCAAAGCGCACAAUCUCCUAUGUCAGCAGAAGAUUCAGAAGUUUCAGAUAGCCCAGGUGGUUAGAGAGUCCAAUGCAAUGCUCAGGGAAGGAUACAAGACCUUCUUCAACACACUCUACCAUAACAAUAUUCCCCUUUUCAUCUUUUCUGCGGGCAUUGGUGAUAUCCUGGAGGAAAUUAUCCGACAGAUGAAAGUGUUCCACCCCAACAUCCACAUCGUGUCCAACUACAUGGAUUUUAAUGAAGAUGGUUUUCUCCAGGGAUUUAAGGGCCAGCUCAUACACACAUACAACAAGAACAGCUCUGUGUGUGAGAACUCUGGCUACUUCCAGCAACUUGAGGGCAAAACCAAUGUCAUCCUGCUGGGAGACUCCAUCGGGGACCUCACCAUGGCCGAUGGGGUUCCUGGUGUUCAGAACAUUCUCAAGAUUGGCUUCCUGAAUGACAAGGUGGAGGAGCGGCGGGAGCGCUACAUGGACUCCUAUGACAUCGUGCUGGAGAAGGACGAGACGCUGGAUGUGGUCAACGGGCUGCUACAGCACGUCCUGCACCAGGGGGACCAGUUGGAAAUGCAAGGCCCCUGAGGGCGCAGCCUCCAGCCAGGCCUGCGGGCCAUGGUGAGGAGGGGGCACCUCCCUGGAGUCUGCUCGCCUGUGAACACAGAGCAGAGGCCAGGGUGGCCAGCAGCAGCCAGGUCCUUCUAUGCCCUUCCGUCCUCCUUUCCCUGAGCGCGUUCAUCACCAGAGGCUUGAGGGGCCCCAUCUCGUGGCAGGGCACAAGCACUGUUCCUGGUGAACCUGGGACCAUAGCAUGCCAGUGCUCUAGGGAUCGUCUAGUCCAGGGAUUUUUUUUUUUUUUUUUUCAAAAUUUUUAAAUGUGGGAAAUUGUUCUUCAAACAAAUGUAAUGUGUAAAACAGAUCAAAAUUUU